UUCGUCAAACAACCAAAAUUUGAAUCAAUCGGUAACGGUAAAUCCUGCUAUACCGACCAAGACAAGAGAAAAUUUUGACAGAAAGUUUUGCAUUGUCCCGGUGUUCUUAUUAAAAAAAUAAAAUGUUCGGCGGUGGACGUGCCCCAAUUUUGGUUUUAAGUCAAAACACGAAGCGUGAGUCAGGCCGCAAGGUUCAGGUGGAGAACAUAAACGCCGGAAAGCAAAUCGCGGACGUUAUUCGAACAUGUCUGGGCCCUCAAGCCAUGUUGAAGAUGCUGAUGGACCCCAUGGGCGGCAUUGUUAUGACAAACGACGGGAACGCGAUUCUCCGUGAAAUCACAGUUCAACAUCCUGCAGCCAAAAGCAUGAUUGAAAUCGCGAGAACUCAGGAUGAAGAAGUCGGCGAUGGGACCACCUCAGUUAUCGUUCUUGCAGGCGAGAUGUUGGUAGCAGCUGAGCAGUUCUUGUAUCAAAAUAUGCAUCCAACUGUUAUAAUUAGACAGUAUAGAGAAGCAUUGGAAGAUAUGGUGACGAUGUUAGAGGGGCCUUUAAGUGUGCCUGUGGACCGUAAUGAUAAAGCCGCAUUGGCAAAUGUCGUGAAAGGGUGCAUAGGAACGAAAUUUAUACGCCAGUGGUCGGAUCUAGCUGUAAAUAUUGCCCUGGAUGCAGUUAAUACGGUUCUGUUAGAAGAAAACGGUCGAACGGAAGUUGAUAUUAAAAGAUAUGCUAAAGUGGAGAAGGUUCCUGGAGGAUCAAUAGAGGAAUCUCAGAUUUUAAGGGGCGUUAUGGUCAAUAAGGACGUGACUCAUCCCAAAAUGAGAAGAUACAUUCAGAAUCCUCGAAUUAUCCUUUUGGACUGUUCUUUGGAAUACAAGAAAGGCGAAUCUCAAACCAACGUUGAAAUCACUGCUGAAACGGAUUUCACUCGUCUGCUUGAACUAGAAGAAGAACAUGUCCGUCGCCAAUGUGACGACAUUAUCGCCCUCAAACCUGAUGUGGUUUUCACCGAAAAAGGGGUUUCCGACUUAGCUCAGCAUUUUCUUCUGAAGGCCGGCAUCAGUGCAGUUCGACGCUUGCGCAAAUCUGACAAUAAUCGCAUAGCACGUGCUUGUGGCGCCACCAUCGUCAAUAGAACCGAAGAACUACAAGAAUCGGACGUUGGCACAGGUGCUGGACUUUUCGAAAUCAAAAAAUUGGGCGACGAGUAUUUCUGUUACAUUACCGAAUGUAAAAACCCAAAAGCUUGUACCAUUCUUUUGCGCGGUGCUAGCAAAGACAUACUUAACGAAAUCGAACGUAAUUUACAAGAUGCAUUACAAGUAGCUCGUAAUAUAGUACUACUGCCACGAUUGGUGCCUGGAGGAGGCGCUAUCGAGAUGGCUGUGGCACAAAAACUGUUACAAAAGGCCACUCAUGGUCCUUACAGGGCCUUAGCACACGCCCUUGAAAUUAUUCCGAAGACCUUAGCCCAGAACUGCGGUGCUAACACUAUUAGGACUUUGACGGCUUUGAGGGCCAAACAUGCGAAUCAUACUGAUCCUAAUACUCCCUGCACCUGGGGUAUAGAUGGGGAAAGUGGAGAGCUGGUAGAACAAACAACUAACGGAUUGUGGGAACCACUCGCUGUAAAGUUGCAAACUUACAAAACUGCAGUCGAAACGGCAAUUUUGUUAUUGCGCAUUGAUGAUAUUGUUUCGGGUUCAAAGAAGAAGGGCGACAAGGAGCCGUCGAGACCGGCCGAGGUUCAGAAAGAGGAACAGCAACAACAUGAAUAAACUAACCGGCGUUUAAUUUUAAUUUGUAGCUUUGUUUCCGGAUUAAUAUUUAUCUUACAAUUGUAUUACACGUUUUGCUAAUAAAGCUAUUUACACUAA